AUGAGGGUACAGAAGCGGAUAUCAAGGGUUUUCCCAAAAUUCUACCAGCAUGCCCUGGCCUUGGUAUUUGCUGUAAAUGAGAUCAAUGAGGACCCCAAGAUCUUGCCCAAUGUCACUCUUGGGUUCCACAUAUAUGACAACUUCUUUGAUGCAAUGAUGACCUACCGUACCACUCUGGACGUGUUCUGCAAAUCACACAGCUUUUCCCCUAACUACAAAUGUGAUGCCCAUAAAAACCCCAUCGUUGCUAUUGGGGGACUUGGCUCUGAUACUACCUUCCGCAUGGACAACAUCUUAAGUCUCUACAAGAUACCACAGUUCAUGUACGGCACAUAUUAUCCAGAAGAGAGUAAUCCAGGUCGGGUCCCCUCCUUUUACCGCAUGGUCCCAACUGAAGCCCCACAAUAUAUGGGGAUUGUCUGGCUACUUCAGCAUUUUGGAUGGACAUGGGUUGGACUCUUUGUUGUAGAUGGUGCCAUGGGAGAAGAUUUCUUGCAGACCCUGGAAUAUUACUUUUCCCAUAAUGAAAUAUGUUCAGCCUUCACACAGAGAAUCCCAGAAGGAGCAAAUCUGAAGUUUUCAAAUGAAUUUUAUAAAAUUGCCUCAGAAAUAUAUUCACGCUUCAUGAAAGAUAUAGCUAAUGUUUUCAUUUUGUAUGGGGAAAAUUUAACAUUUACAUGGCUGAUGACUGUUUUCUAUUUUUUGGGAGACCCUCACAAGGGGACAACGACAUUGCUGGGGAAGGUAUGGAUUAUGACAACCCAGGUUGAUUUUAUGUUGUCAGGGCUUCAAAGACACAUGGAUUUACAGCAGUUUGAUGGUGCCAUUUCCUUCACCAUUCAUUCAAAAGACCCCCCAGGCUUCAUAGAAUUUCUCCAAAACAUUCAACCGUACAAGAACAAAGCAGAUGGUUUUCUCAAAGAUUUUUGGGAGCAAGCAUUUGACUGUUCGUUUCCGAAUCCUGGCAUACCAACAGAAAAUAGUUGUAUGGAAGAGGAAAGUCUUGAGAGUCUUCCUGACGCUCUCUUUGAAAUGCACAUGACAUGCCACGGCUACAGCAUCUACAAUGCUGUGUAUAGUGUAGCACAUGCACUGCAUGUUAUUGACACAUCUAGAUCCAGUCACAAAGCAAUAUUGCCUAGCAAAAGAUUUGAACUUCAACACCUCAAGCCUUGGCAGCUCUACCCAUUUCUUCAAGGCAUUUCAUUUAACAACUCAGUUGGAGAAGCAGUGUUCUUCAAUGACGAAAGAGAAGUAGAAGGAGGAUUUGACAUUGUGAACAUGGUCACAACUUCAAAUAGGACAUUCCAGAGAGUGAAAGCUGGAAGUGUGCAUCCCAAGGACCUCGGAGGAAAAGAAUUCAUCAUUAAUGAGGAUAUAAUAAUGUGGCACAGAACAUUUAAGCAGAUGCUUCCUGUUUCUGUGUGUAAUAACUACUGCCCCCCUGGUUAUCAGAAGAAAAAGAAGGAAGGGUAUAAAUUUUGCUGCUAUGAUUGUGAGCCAUGCCCUGAUGGGAAGAUUUCAAACAAGAUUGACAUGAGUUCCUGUUUCAGCUGCCCAGAAGAUCAAUAUUCCAACAUGAAGAGAGACGGAUGCAUCCCCAAAAUAAAAAGCUAUCUGUCUUAUGAAGAACCUUUAGGAAUCAGUUUAGCCUCCCUUGCUAUUUCUUUAUCCCUGAUUAAACUGUGGGUGUUAGGAAUCUUUCUUAAGUACAGAGAUACCCCCAUUGUCAAAGCCAACAACCGAGCCCUCACCUACACUCUCCUGGUCUCCCUUAUGCUCUGCUUCCUCUCAUCUUUGCUGUUCCUGGGCAAACCUGGGAAAGUGACCUGCCUUCUUCGUCAACCAUCUUUUGGCAUCGUCUUCUCAGUGGCUGUUUCUUGUUUGCUGGCAAAGACUACCAUUGUUUCUUUAGCCUUCAUGGCCACAAAGCCCGGAUCCAGAAUGAAGAAAUGGGUGGGGAAAAAUGUGUCCAACUCUAUUGUCCUUUCCUGCUCCCUUAUUCAAGCCAGUAUUUGUACUAUGUGGUUGGCAACUUCUCCUCCUUUCCCUGAUUUAGACACGUUCUCGGUAACAGAAGAAAUCAUUCUGCAAUGUAAUGAAGGGUCCACUGCAAUGUUUUACUGUGUCCUUGGCUACAUGGGCCUCCUAGCCAUUGCCAGUUUCGUUGUGGCAUUCCUAGCCCGCAAGUUACCUGAUAGUUUUAAUGAAGCCAAGUUUAUUACCUUCAGUAUGUUGGCAUUUUGCAGUGUGUGGGUUUCAUUCCUUCCAACUUACCUGAGUACAAGGGGAAAAUAUAUGGUGGCUGUGGAGAUUUUCUCCAUUUUGGCCUCCAGUGCUGGUUUACUGGGUUGCAUAUUUUCGCCGAAAUGCUACAUAAUUUUGUUCAGGCCAGAGCUUAACAGCAAGGAGCAAAUACGAAAAAGAUAA